UGACGAUUGCUCGCUAUCGAUUGCUUCUCGCUGCGCGCGCAGUCUAUUGAUUGAACAUGGCGGCGACUCCAGCGACCAACCCGUCCCAGUUGCUUCCUCUCGAGCUCGUGGACAAAUGUAUCGGCUCCCGAAUUCACAUCGUCAUGAAAACCGACAAAGAAAUCGUCGGCACCCUGCUGGGGUUUGAUGACUUUGUCAAUAUGGUCCUGGAAGAUGUGACAGAAUUUGAAAUCACACCAGAGGGAAGGAGGAUAACCAAACUGGACCAGAUCCUCCUCAACGGCAAUAACAUCACCAUGCUCAUACCUGGAGGAGAAGGUCCUGAAGUAUGAGAAUCAUCACUGAGUGCGGAGACAGUUUUUUUCCUAUGUUGUGUUCCUGAGUUGAUUAUGACAUUAUUAUUGUUGUUUUUGGAUCAACCCUUCUUGAUCUUGAGGGAGAAUAUUUUUGUAUGUUUUGAAAAAAAAAAAAACACUUAAGUUAGAAGUGUGUCAUGAACCACACGUGACCAAAAAUUCUUUUACAAAUAAAUGAGAAUGAAACAGUUUGGAAAAAAAAAAA